CUUCUUUUUUUUUUUAAAUGCUUCCGUAAAAAACUCAGCGGAGAAAUGCGUCCACGGCUUCUCUUCUUCUUUUUCUUUUUUUUCACUCACUUGGCUAUGCAAACGUGGUGAAAGGGGUGUGCGGACGGGAAAUUAAAAAAUGGCAGCCAGCCCCUAUCAGAUUAUCGGAGCUAGGUGAGUGACAUGAAUGCACGGCCGCCCAAUAGGAAUGCUCCGUCGGCCAUUACCGGAGCCCAUUUCAUUCCUUCUGCAGAAACAUUCGACGUCCAAAUCCAUCAGAGAGUGCAAACAAAUCCACGCAAAGCUCAUAGCGUUUUCACAGCCUACCUCAGAAACCUAUCUGACGAACACUAUCUUGAACUUCUACUCAAGGUGCGGCGAUUUGUGCCAUGCACGCCUAUUGUUUGAUCAUACGCCACACAUGAACGUCGUGACAUGGACGUCCAUGAUUUCGGCGUACGCGCAUCGCGGGCAAUUCAUGAAUGCGCUCCAACUGUUUGAAGAAAUGUUGGAGUCAGGUGAGAGACCAAACCAGUACACUCUAUCUAUCGCCAUCCGUUCUUGUACGAGUCUAAGGCUUCUCGAACUUAGUCUACAAAUUCAUGGGCUGGUCAUUCGUUACGGGCUCGAGAGAGAUGAAUUUGCUGGGAGCUCUCUUGUCGACAUGUACUUCAAAGUUGGUGGUGAUCUUGACAGCGCAAGACGUGUUUUCGGUGGGUUGUUUAGAAGGGACCCUGUUACGUGGAAUGUAAUGAUUUCUGGGUUUUCUCAAGCCGGUCUUAUUAGUGAAGUUCUUGGAUUACUUCGGGAAAUGCGGAUGGUAGAUGAGUUGAAACCAAAUGAUUUUACGAUUACUAGUUUGCUCAAGUGUUGUUGUCUGCUAAGAGAAGUAGAACAAGUUCAUGGGCUGGUAUUAAAAUUUGGAAUUGAAGUUGAUGUUGUGGUGGGCGGUGCUUUAGUAGAUUUGUAUGGUAAGUGUGGGAGUAUGGAUUCAGGUCAGAAAGUUCUUGAUUCUAUGGUGUGUAGAGAUAGUUUUGUUUGGAGUUCGAUCAUUUCAGGCUAUGCAAGAAAUGGCAGUGAAGAGGAAGCUGUCCUUUUGUUUAGGGAUAUGUGUAGACACGGCUUGAAACCUGAUCAACAUUCACUGUCUAGUACUUUAAAAGCUUGCUGUGAGAUUGGAGAUAUAGAAACUGGACUUCAAAUUCAUACUCAGAUGAUAAAAAAUGGCUAUCAGAGUGAUUGUUUUGUAGCAAGCGGUCUUAUAAUCCUUUAUUCAGACUUCAAUGAAAUUUGUGAUGCAGAAAAGUUAUUCAGCAGGAUCAUCAAUAAAGAUAUUGUGACCUGGAAUUCAAUGAUCCUGGGACACGCUCAAAUGGAGGGAUCUGCUCCCUCUUGCAUUAGAAUGUUCCGUGAACUUUCCCAAACCACACUGCUUGAACAUGAUGGAGCCACUUUAAUUGCUGUUCUAAAAUCUUGCCGGGGUAUAUCAGAUCUAGUCACUGGUAUUCAGAUCCAUGGCAUGAUAAGCAAAUCAAGCUAUAGUUGUGAAACUCAAGUUGCUAAUGCAGUGAUCCACAUGUACUCCAAGUGUGGGGCUGUUGAUGAUGCUUAUAAAGCUUUCAAUGAUUUGCUUUACAAAGAUGAAAUAUCCUGGAGUUCAGUAAUUGGAAAUUAUCAACAGAAUGGGUUUGAAUUAGAAGCCUUAAGACUUUGCAAAGAAAUGUUGGCGGAUGGGAUACAUUUAACCAAUUUUAGCCUGCCGUCAUGCAUUGCAGCUUGCUCAGGACUUGCAGCUAUAGAUGCAGGUAAACAGUUCCAUUCUUUUGUUAUCAAGUUUGGUUUGAACAAAGACAUCUAUGUUGGGAGUUCCAUUAUAGAUAUGUACGCCAAGUGUGGGAACUUGGGUGAGUCAAAGAAAGCUUUUGAUGAACAAGAAGAGCCCAAUGAAGUAACCCUAAAUGCCCUAAUCUCUGGAUUUGCACAGCAUGGGAAAGCCCCAGAGGCAAUUGAAGUAUUCAAGGAGAUGGAGAAGAAGAGUUUAGUUCCCAAUGAAAUCACCUUCUUAGCUGUUUUAUCAGCUUGUAGCCAUGUGGGAUUAUUAGAAGAAAGUUUAUGGUUCUUCAAUUUGAUGCAUCGGAAAUAUAAUUUUAAACCUGGAUCACAGCAUUAUUCCUGUUUGGUCGACGUAUUUGGUCGUGCAGGGAGGCUUGAGGAGGCAUACCAAAUCAUACAAAAUGUUAAAAGUGUUUCAGCAUGGAGAACACUACUGAGUGCUUGUAGGAACCAUGGGAAUGUGAUAAUUGCAGAAAAGUCUGCGAGGAAGGUAAUGGAGCUUGAUCCAAAUGACCAUGCAUCAUAUGUUCUUCUUUCCAACUUGUACUCUGAAGAGGGAAAAUGGAAAGAAGCUUUAGAUUUAAGGCGGGCAAUGCUACAGAUUGGGGUGAAGAAAGACCCCGGAAGUAGUUGGUUGAUAUUCAGGGAUAAAGUUCAUGAGUUCUGUGUAGGAGAUUCUGGUGGUCAUAAGAUGGAGUAUAUUUUUAAAGAAGUAAAUGUGUUGAAUCAGCAUAUAAAUAAUAUUGGUUCCUGGCAUACCUAUGUGGAUUGUUAACCACAGCUUAUGAUCUGUCAAGAAAAAGCGCAAACAACGGUUCUGUGCCAAUAGGCAUCUGAAUCUUAUGGUGCUUCCGUUCAGGAUGGCAAGGGCUUUCCUUCUCUCUUUUUGGGGGUGUGCUCGCAUGGCAUACAUCAUCUCCUCAAUAACCAGCGUACAAAUUCUGAAUUAUGAACAUAAAAUGACAAAAUAAUUUGGGAAAUGUGUCUAGCUUUCUAAAUUUUUUAAUAUUUAUAUGAACCUAAAAUUUAAUAAAAUGAUGUUUUUUUCUCAAAUUUUCUAUGUCAGAAAUUUUUUUUUAAAAAAAUUGUGAUACAUUUAUUCUUCUUUAAAAACCUAUGUAAUGAUAAGAAUAAAAUUUUAUUUGAUGUUUAGUAA